AUGUGGGGGCUGGCAAUGUGUCUCGCCUCACUUUCAAGCUUUCUCAGAACACUUGCCGGAGCGGAAAGCAGCAAUGGCUUCAGCUAUUGCCCCCUCGUCUGGCUUGGCUCCCGUCAUUCAUUUGGCGUUUCAAUGUCGACUCUUAAUGGCGAGAAUAACGGCAGCCGCAUUCCUCAGAAGCGAGACGAGAGACGGAUUACGGUUUCUUUCCAAACGGUUUCCCAUAUCUCAUCUAUAUUUGGUGACGACCGUCUUACUCGCCUACAAAUCCAAGCACAGUCCAGCCUUUGGAGACAAGUUACCACAACUCGACUUGACCCCAAAGGCUUCGGAAAAGCUAUGACUCCGCGUCACGAAACUUACUGCUAUCUGUAUCCACGAGCUGUGGAGGGCCUUCGACUCGUUGCCUUGUUUUCCUCAUGCGCACUACUGAAAGCUCCAACCCCGCUCACCUUAAAUACGAGCCGCUUCUUCAAACAAACCUGCGUUUCACCACCCAAGACGACAGCCGGAAUCACCAUGACUUCUGAAAAGGCACUCGUGUGCUGCGGCAAGACAUUCACUCAGAAAGGCAACCACAAGAGACACACCAAGACCGUUCAUUCAGCACGCGUUAAAAUGCCCUGCGGUGGAUGGCUCAAGCCUAGGGCAGACAACGUGAAGCGCCAUCAGACACAGUGCGAGACAUGCAAAUGUCUUCGCAGUGGCCAUCUCGCAAGCCAGAACGACUCGGAAACCGAAUCAGAAAGCUUUCAGAGAGAGCUUCAUACUUCUCCAGCAUUCAUUGACCCGACUCACGUGGAGUCAACCACAGCCGAAGGAUUUGACCCACGACAUUGGGACACAGCUCCUCCAACGGCAGACUGCAGUCAAGCAGGACGGACGUUCGUCUCAGCCAAUUUAGACUCGGCCAUUCCUGUUGAUACUGGAACCUGGACUGGCUUAAUCGACAGCAUCUUCGAAUCUCAGGUGCCGCCAACUUUAUUGAACACAACCCUCUCGAACGCAAUGGGACAACACAUGGGCGUCGGCUAUGGCAACGUUGGAAACACUUCCACAUACUAUUGCCCGUACAUUUGUGACGACUCAGUUAACUUCGAAGGAGAAAACGCAUAG